GCUGGUGGUUACUUUGUUUGGGCACAGACCUCUUUACUGUUGGAGAGAGGAGCCUGACCGUGCUGUUUCUCUUAAGAUAUAUGAGUUUUGGACUUUCCCGUACCCGACAUCAGAAUGCUGCCCCACUGCCAUGCUCUAGCUGUGGCUGUUGUCCAGAUCUUUAUCUUCUCAGAAAACCGGGCAUUGGCCAAGAACAUCAACUUCUAUAACGUGAGGCCUCCUCUUGACCCUACACCAUUUCCAAACAGCUUCAAGUGUUUUACCUGUGAAAAUGCAGGGGAUAAUUACAACUGCAAUCGAUGGGCAGAAGACAAAUGGUGUCCACAAAAUACACAGUACUGUUUGACAGUUCAUCACUUUACGAGUCAUGGAAGAAGUACAUCAAUCACCAAAAAGUGUGCCUCAAGAAGUGAAUGUCAUUUUGUUGGCUGCCACCACAGCCGAGAUUCUGAACAUACAGAAUGUAGGUCUUGCUGUGAAGGAAUGAUCUGCAAUGUGGAGUUACCUACCAACCACACUAACGCAGUCUUCGCCGUCAUGCACGCGCAGAGAACGUCCGGCAGCGCUGUCCCCACACUCUACCUGCCAGUGCUUGCCUGGGUCUUCAUGCCUCUGUUGAUAUGAUGCCACCAUUCCUAGGAGAGGCAGAGACCAGCCUUCUGAAGCACAAGCAAAAAACUGUGUAAACAGUGAACUUUUGAGUGAAGACCAGUCUUGCACUUGGCAAAGAGUACACAAGCAGAAGGUAGUUGUUUGCUAAAAAUGCUCCUGCAUGAGGCCACGGAAUUGUGGAAGGGGAUUUGGCUGCCACUGAGGGCAUUACCUGGCUUCCAGGCUUCCUGGUCAGAUAGGCUGCAUUUUUUAGCUUCUGCAAGGAAGAGCCUGCCAGUGUCGACAAUGGGCAGGUGUCGUAGCUUAUACUGUCCCCGCCUGAUUGGCCUUGAACUGAAAGGAAUCGCUGACUCCUUGCGAGGCUGCUGGGCCAGAACCUCUCAUUUCUGUGAGUAGCUCAGAGCAUCUCUAUGACAUCUAACCCUUCCCCUGAUGAGAAAGCAAUUUCCCUAACAACGACAUAGUCAAUGACAAAGGCAAGUGUAAGAGAAAAACUUCCAGUUGAACAAAUAUGGAACCCAUUUGUGAAUUGUGUGUGCGUGGGGGGGAAUAAAGCUUUUAAAUUAUACAGUGUAAAA